GAAGCGGCUCAGUGCGUAGUCUGCAAACGGGGGUCGGAGAGUUGUUUGGAAACACGCGGUUCUGGCACGGAAAAGACUACUGCAACUUCGUGCACAGGGACUGGAUUCAACUGGACAAGCCAUUCGACGAUUUCAUAGACAGACACACAACUCCCAGGAUGCCUUGGCACGACAUCGCCUCAGUGGUUCAUGGGAAAGCAGCUCGGGAUGUGGCCAGACACUUCAUCCAGCGGUGGAACUUCACCAAGCUUGUGAAGCCGAAGUACGGUUCUCUGUCGUACCCGUGUCUGCUGCCCAAGUCUCACACCACUGCUGGAGAGCAGCAAUACCAAGUCCCCAACUGCGUCCGCACCAAAGUGCAGAUCCUUCGCUCAGCCUCUGACUGGUCCGCCGGCAUCAAAUACCACGAGGAGUCCAUCCACGGCGCCUACGUCCACACCAUCGAGAACAGCCAGCACUUCAUCUACAUAGAGGGAGGGAACGAGGUACCGGGUGUACGUGGUGACGCCUCUGCUGCCAGGCUUUGAAGGAGACAUCACCACCGGAGGGGGCAGCGCCAUCCAGGCCAUCAUGCACUUCAACUACAGGACCAUGAACAGAGGAGACCACUCCAUCAUCUCCCAGCUCAGGAGAGAGAUGGGAGACCAGUGGAUGAACUACAUCUCCAUCGCCGGUUUGAGGACUCAUGCUGAGCUGGAGGGAAAGCUGGUCACCGAGCUCAUCUACGUC